AAAAUGGCGGAUGAAGGUUCGCUCAAACCUAGAAGAGCGACUGUCGAAAGAAAAACAAAAGAAACAGACAUUUCUUUGUCGGUCAACAUAGAUGGAAGUGGGGUAAGCGAGAUAAGUACUGGCAUUGGAUUUCUGGACCAUAUGUUAACCGCUUUGUCGAAACACGGGCGAAUGGAUCUCACUUUGAGCUGCAAAGGUGAUCUUCACGUGGACGAUCAUCAUUCAGUCGAGGACUGUGGUAUUGUUCUGGGCCAAGCAGUGAAAGCAGCGCUUGGUGAUUUAAGAGGUAUAACGAGGUAUGGCUAUGCCUAUGCUCCUUUAGACGAGUCGCUUUCUCGAGCUGUUGUGGACAUAUCUGGACGACCCUUUGCCGACGUCAACUUGAAUUUGCAGAGGGAGCGGAUAGGGAACCUGUCCUGCGAAAUGCUACCACAUUUUUUGAGUUCCUUUGCUACUUCAGCAGCCAUUACGUUACACGUGGACGUUUUAAAAGGUGAAAAUGAUCAUCAUAGAGCGGAGUCUGCUUUUAAAGCCCUAGCCCUAGCUCUGCGAACUGCAUUUAAAAGAGAAGGAACUGAUAUACCGAGUACCAAAGGAGUGUUGUAAAUUCCUUAAUUGUGCAUUUUCUCGAAUUGUAUAAGAUCAUUUCUGAAAAGUAUCUGUAUCGCUGUUAAACUAACGAUGCGACAGGUAUACAAGCCCUCAGGGUUUUAACAACAAACAAUGUAUUAAAAUAAUUGGUAAAAUUUCCACACAGCCCCAUACUAUUGUAAAACAAAUCUGUUUUCCCAUGGGCAAUGUAUAGUUUUUGUCAUUGUUUUCUCUAUCCAAGAGCUGAAUGCAUAAUGUAGUAUGGGGCUGUGCAGAAUUUCACCAAAUAAUUCUCUGUGAUUGUUAAAUAUUUAAUGCUGGUAAUAUUUCAUUGUGCUUCUCUACAAGAAAAACACAUUGAUAUCAUGAAAAAUUAUGUAUUCAAAACAACAUCAAGAUCAGGGUUGUAGAUAAGAGCCGGCAGCCGGCAAAGUACACCAGCUUCUCUGCAAGGUUUCGUGGGCUACUUUCAUGGCUUCGAGAGCCCGUACAGAGAUGAUGUUUAUCAGGUCUAAA